GUUGUCGUCUGCUGCUGCCGGCAGGUGAUGCACGACAUUGUGGACAUGAUGCCGGAGGGAAUCAAGCAGAACAAGGCGAGGACGAUCCUACAGCAUCUCAGCGAAGCCUGGAGAUGCUGGAAGGCCAACAUCCCAUGGAAGGUUCCGGGACUACCGACGCCGAUCGAGAACAUGAUCCUGCGGUUCGUGAAGUCGAAGGCCGACUGGUGGACGAACACCGCUCACUACAACCGCGAGCGUAUCCGCCGCGGCGCCACGGUCGACAAGACGGUGUGUAAGAAGAACCUAGGUCGUCUGACGCGACUCUACCUGAAGGCAGAGCAGGAGAGGCAGCACAAUUACCUGAAGGUGGGUGACAGUAGAAUACACGUGCCACGGCUAUGA